AUGACUGGCCGGUCCAAACCACCACGAACACAUUCGCUAGGUGGCUGUACAACUUGCCGACGCCGACAUGUCAAAUGCGAUCAGAACAAACCGUCAUGUCAGAUGUGUUCUUCCGUGGGAUUCAGAUGCGAGGGAUAUCCAGGGGAAAUACGGUGGAUGCCCGACGAGAAAAAUCACACCUCCGCGGGAACUCAAAGAGGGAAACGAAAGGGUUUCCAAAGAUCUGGCACAAGGCAUCAUUUAUACACAGGUAAUGUGCCCGAUGUAGUGGGCUUUAUACUUUUAAUGAGCACCGCCCUUGGCAAUGGCCUUCUAUCCGGCUCCAUUGAUGCAUCCUUGGAAGAGAUAGAUACCAAAUCGCAAGAGCCUUUCAUCCUUAUCGAUAAUGAUUUCAGAAUUGGGCCCUUUGCGGUCCUGAAUCUCAACUUAUCUGUUGGCCAUUCGGAAAAAUGUGAUGCUGCAGAAAAGUCAAUAGGCCCUGCUCUACUCGAAGCGCCGACUACUACAUUCCCUGUGCCUUCGGCGCCUAACAUACAGCCACCAAUCAGCGAAUCUGCUUCGCAUUCUGACGACCUUUUACAAUGGUCGGAUCUCUUCGGACUUAAUGAUGAUAUCUACGGCAUCACAUCCAAUCUGUCUCUUGUCCUGGUUGAUUGCCCGGAUUUCGCAGCCUAUCCUGGAUUAUUUGAGACUGAGGGGGAAAGGAAUAUUGAUUCAAUGGGAGCCCUACAUGAAGAAAUAUGCGCAAGCGGUCAAGAUGAAUACUCAUCUACCGACACCCAAGCACCAAUCAACAUAGUGACAGAAGCUUCAUUUCUGCUAAAUAUCUUCCAGAAACAUGUUGUUCCACGGUUGACCGUUAUACCCCUUGGCAAGAAAUCACCUUGGAGCGUGUUAAACGUGCCAGCUGCCAUGGUCACACUUGGGGAUAUGACUAUAUUAGAAUUGCCAGAUGUCAAUCAUGCUCGGAAGGCCAACCUUUUUAGCCUGCUUGCAUGCGCUGCAUUUUAUAUCACAAUGACACCUUCGAGUGGAUUGGUUGAUGAAAAUGUGAUAGGGUAUUGGAGAGCAUAUGCGCAUCAAUGUUACAAUGAAGCCAAGGGGCAUAUGCAGCUGUCAUUAAGUGAAGAGACAAGGGGCCCAACAAAGGCAAAAUACAAGGAUCAAUUGAUGGCAAUAUUUGGGAUGAUCGAAUCUGCGAUCUUCCAAGGUCAACAUCAAGACGCACGAUGUUAUAUGAUUAACGCCGAGCGACUUUUACGUCUACGCGGAUUGGAAAAGCAGAGAACGUCGCGCAAAGUUCGUCUUCUGGUCAAUGUCUACACAUGGUUGCGCAUUGUGGGCGAAAGUACAUACGUUCUUCACGACUACGGCGCCUCGUCAUCAUUCGUCAAAGCACUUACUCACCAGAUUGAAACCCGCGGUCCCAACCCAUAUGAUAAUGGCCUGGGCUUGGUGAAGGACCGAAAUGUUCGACUCGAUGACUUUGUGCACUUGGAACAUUCGGAAAAUGAUCUCAACAUAGAUGAUCCGAAGGAUCAGAACAAGGACCUCCCCGAUAUUCAUCUACAUGACUCUCGGAGGUCGCUGCAUACUCUUGCUAAACAGGUCUAUGGCAUUUCUGAGACAUGGCUAAGCUUGGUCUCGCAAACCACCCGGCUGGCCAAUGUCCUUGAGAAAUUAAAGGCUGCACAAGCCAGUAGUAUACCGAUCGAAUCAGUUGUCUGGGUAUUCGUGCAAAAAAGGAUGCAUCGUUUGGAAAGCGUGAUACAUUCGUUCGGAGACCGAAAGGACGAUGCUGAGCCCCCUGAAGGACCGAUUGAACCAUACACACUAAUUAUUCGAGCUCUCAACACUGCGCUAGUGAUUCUUUUUUACAGACGGGUCCAUAAAGUUCAUUCGGGUAUCUUGGACUUUCAGGUUGAGAAAGUGAUUACCGCUCUCAAGUCAUUAUGCGCGAUGCUACCAGGUGUGAUUCAAGCUGGCCCCGGGCUCUUAUGGCCAGUUUUCAUAGCAGGCAGCGAAGCAAUGGAAAAGGAAAAGCGAGAUGCCAUCUUGCAGUUGAUUACAAUGGCAGAAAGCAACUGUGGUCUGGCAUCCUUCAAAGUUGCUAAAGCCCUCAUGCUUGAAUUAUGGCAAAGGCAGGAUGAGCAUUUGGCGACUAAUAGGCACGAACCUCUUCCAACUUGGAUUGAUGUGCUAAGGGAGCAUCAGAACUGGCCCAUGUUUUGUUAA